CUACCACCUGUUAACAACGUGCGUUUCCUCGUGAGGCCCGCUGCAGAUAGACGAUGUUACGUUGCCCAGUGGUCAUUGACCCGUUCGCAGUGGUUGUCGAAGACGUUGGAUUCGCCAGAGGGCGGAGCAUGCUGGUGCUGCUCUUGCUGAGCAUAGCGACGAGUCUCAGGACGGCUGCCGGCUUGGAGUGUCCGCUGACGCCGAAGAACGUCAGCUGCAGCGACCAGAUGCCCCACUUGGAUCUCGACCCAGAAGACUGCAUUGUGGAAUACUACCUGAGGAACAGCAGUGAGUGCGCUGCCUUGGACCUGCGGGGCGAGAGCUGGGCGCGCCGCUUGGGCGCCGUCCGCAUGCGGCCCUACGUGUGGACGGACGACGAGGGCACGCCCGUCACCGCCUUCAACGUCAGCUUCCUGGACGUGCGAUGGAGCCGUGCUGUGCUGCGCUUCUCGUCGCUGGGCGGCGCGCCGGCCACCAACUUCUGCCGCGGGCUGCGGCUGUCGCAGCGCGCCCUCUCCGGCAGCGGGCGGCCGCCGCGCCUGCACUUCCACUGCCCGUGGUGCGGCUACGACUGCGAGGGCCGGCCCUUCAGCCUCGAGUACGCCGCCAGCGACGCCGACGGCCGCCACCGCGACUACGGCCGCUUCCUCUUCACCAUGCCGCCGCACAACUACGUAGAUGAGCCGCAGCUGCCGUUUUCGUACGUGGAGGUAUCUUCGCUGCCCACGGCGCACGUGCACUGGUCCCCACCACCGCUGCCAUCUGCCGCGGAGGGCCUCUACUACAGAGUCGUGACGCUGGUGGACGGCCGGCAGGUGGAGUCGCGCGCGGUGCCCGCGGCGCAGGCGUCGCUGGCGCUGCCUCUGGGGGAGGCGUCCGGGGGCGGCGGCGCCGUCAGGUUCAGCGUGCGCGCCCUGCAGGCCGGCGGCGGCGAGCCCUCCCUGCUGCCCAACUGCAGCCUCUGUGACGGCGGCGAGCGCGCCGCGCUGCUGCCCUCCAACUGCAGCCUCUGCGACAGCUUCCGCACGCCGCCGCUCACGCUGGAGAGAAGCGUGUACACGUCAUACGUGUGGGCUGCAGUGGGCGUGGUGGCGAUGGCCUCCGCCAUCUUGCUGGCGGGACGGUUCCUGUGGAGGAGAGGCGCCCACAGCUACCCCGCCAACAAGCAGGGGAAGGCCGCCACGACGGUGCUGCUGGUGUACAGGCACGCGAGCGACGGCCACGUGGCCGUGGUGCGCCAGCUGGCCGCCUUCCUGCGAGUCGCGGGCGGCUUCCACGUGCUGCUCGACGAGGAGGACAUUCCGCGCUGCGCGGACAAGAACCCUCUGACGUGGUAUGCGGAGCAGAUGCAGCACGCCGACGUGGCGCUGGUGGUGGCGUCGCCAGAGCCGCUGCCGACCACCGCCCCCGCCUCCGCCCCCGCGGCCGGCGUGUACGGCGGCGCGGCGGUGGCGGCCGAGGCGCUGGUGGGGGUGCGGCUGGAGCGCGGCCGGCGCUGCGAGGCGCUGGCGCUGCCCGGCCGCCCCCACCUGCCGCCCCCGACGCGGGCCCUCCGCCUGCUGCGCGCUCGCCGCCCCUCGGACCUGCGCCGCCUGGUGCGCCGCCUCCACGCCGGGGGCGGCCUCGGGCCGGCGGCGCGUUCCGUUCCCAGCCGGGCCGCGGCGCAGGCGCUGCUGCGGAUGGCCCACGAGACUGUGGAGGACUCCCCUCCACAACAGGCGAAUCCGGGAGUGGCUAUCGACAUCUUCUCCAGCGACUUGCCUGAGGAACAUGAGCUAUUAUACGCCAGUGAGUCUUCAGCACCCCCGACCGUGCGGCAGCAGGCUCUGCCCACCGUCGCGGUGAGCAGCCUCGUGGACCUGCAGAAGAUGAACCUCCUGGGUCCGGACCUUUCCGAGGAAGACACGGAAGAGGAAGAAGGCGAUGGUAGCGUCAUAGGGACAGAUGCGUCCGGGUCGACAAGUGGUGUGGACCCUGACAGCAUUAGCCUGCAGCUGUGAAUCACGACACAACGCGGUGCAGCUCAACCCCACUCUCACGUUCCCCUUAUCUAGUCCUCAAAGUACCUACAGUCAGAAGCUUUACGCCUUAUGUGAGGUUUUUGUUUUGUUUGUGAAAUGUAAUUUAUUCUACAGAUUUCGAACAAUACAGUGCAGUUAACACUUCA